AUCAGUCACACGGACAGCAGCUCCGACCUCUCCGACUGCCCCUCCGAGCCCCUGUCCGACGAGCAGCGCCUACUGCCCGCCGCCAGCAGCGACGCCGAGUCGGGCACCGGCUCCAGCGACCGGGAACCCCUGCGGGGGGCGCCCACACCGAGCCCGGCAGCUCGGGGGGCGCCUCCAGGCAGCCCCGAACCCUCUGCGCUUCUCUCCGCGCCCCCCUCCGCCGGCGCCUGUCUUGGGGGCCGGAACAGUCCUGGUGGGGUCUCCUUGGGCUCGGCGGAGGAUGCUGGGGGUCGCGCGCCGCCUGAGCGAGCGGUCCCCUGUACCCCCAAAGAGCCCAGCCCAGGGGAGCAGCCCCGGGUGGGGCCGGCGGCGGCGGAGGAGGAGCUGCUACGGGAGAUAGAGGAGCUGCGCUCGGAGAACGACUAUCUCAAGGAUGAGUUAGAUGAACUCCGUGCCGAGAUGGAAGAGAUGAGAGACAGUUAUUUAGAGGAAGAUGUUUACCAGCUGCAGGAACUUCGGCGGGAACUGGACCGUGCUAAUAAAAACUGCCGAAUCCUGCAGUACCGCCUCAGGAAAGCCGAGCAGAAAAGCCUGAAAGUGGCUGAGACAGGUCAGGUAGAUGGCGAGCUCAUCAGAAGCCUGGAGCAGGACUUGAAGGUAGCCAAAGAUGUAUCUGUCAGACUGCACCAUGAACUUGAGACUGUGGAGGAAAAGCGUACUAAAGCGGAAGAUGAAAAUGAAACUCUCCGGCAGCAGAUGAUCGAAGUGGAAAUAUCCAAACAGGCCCUCCAGAAUGAGCUGGAAAGACUGAAAGAGAGUUCCCUAAAAAGAAGAGGCAGUCGGGAGAUAUACAAAGAGAAGAAAACCUUGAACCAGCAGAAUGGUGGAGUGGAGCACCUUGGGAACUGCAGGUCCGCAGCCAAAACUCAAAGGAAGCUGGCACCCCGGCGCAAGGAUGACAGUGCCGAUCUGAAGUGCCAACUUCAGUUUGCCAAAGAGGAAGCUUCCCUGAUGCGCAAAAAGAUGGCCAAGCUGGGGAGGGAGAAAGAUGAGCUGGAACAGGAGCUCCAGAAGUAUAAGUCCCUCUAUGGUGAUGUGGACAGUCCCCUCCCAACUGGGGAAGCUGGCGGGCCCCCCAGCACCAGGGAGGCAGAGCUGAAGCUGCGGCUGAAGUUGGUGGAGGAGGAAGCCAACAUCUUGGGCCGGAAGAUUGUGGAGCUGGAGGUGGAGAACCGAGGCCUCAAGGCAGAAAUGGAGGACAUGAGGGGCCAACAUGAGCGAGAAGGUUCAGGCCGGGACCACAUGCCAAGCAUUCCUACCUCACCCUUCGGAGACUCCCUGGAGUCUUCCAUGGAGCUCCGCCGACACCUGCAGUUUGUAGAAGAGGAAGCAGAGCUGCUUCGGAGGUCCAUCUCUGAGAUUGAAGACCACAACCGACAGUUGACCCAUGAGCUGAGCAAAUUCAAGUUUGAGCCUCGCCAGGAGCCAGGGUGGCUUGGAGACGGUGGAGGUAAGGGUGCCAGCAACGGGGCCCCCCUACAGGAGGAGCUGAAGUCUGCCAGGCUGCAGAUCAGUGAGUUGAGUGGGAAGGUGCUGAAGCUGCAGUACGAGAACCGGGUGCUUCUGUCCAACGUCCAGCGCUAUGACCUGGCUGCUCACCUGGGUCUACGUGCCCCGAGCCCCCGGGACAGUGACGCUGAGAGUGACGCAGGCAAGAAAGAGAGUGAUGGGGAGGAUGGCCGUCUGCCCCAGCCCAAGCGGGAAGGCCCCGUCGGUGGGGAGAGUGACUCAGAGGACAUGUUUGAGAAGACGUCAGGAUUCGGCAGUGGAAAGCCUUCGGAGGCCAGCGAGCCAUGCCCUGUGGAGCUCCUGAGGGCUCGUGAGGACUCGGAGUGCCUGGUGACCAUCAAGCACGAGGCCCAAAGGCUGGAGCGAACCGUGGAGCGCCUCAUCACAGACACGGAUGGCUUCCUCUAUGAUGCAGGGCUGCAAGGCAGCAGUGCCACCUCCCCAGGCGUGCAGGGUGAAGGGGAGUGGGGUGAGGGGGUCCAGAAGGAACCCCACCUCCUGGGGACCAUCAACAGCAAGAUGAAGGCUUUCAGGAAAGAGCUGCAGGCCUUCCUGGAGCAGGUGAACCGGGUGGGGGACGGCCUGUCUCCCUUGCCCCACCUCACGGAAUCUUCCAGCUUCCUCUCCACUGUGACUUCUGUGUCCCGGGACUCCCCCAUCGGGAACCUGGGGAAGGAGCUGGGCCCAGACCUGCAGUCCAGGCUGAGAGACCCGCUGGAGUGGCAGCUUGGGCAGGACCGUGGGGACGAGCGGGACAGCCUGCGCCUCCGAGCCACACGGGAGCUGCACCGCCAGGCCGACGGGGACGCUGGGAGCCACGGGCCGGCAGGCCAGAGCUGUUUCAAUCUAGAGCUCAGGGGCCCCCCUGUUUUACCUGAGCAGAAUGUAUCCAUAGAGGAGCUACAGGGGCAGCUCGCGCAGGCGGCCAGACUGCAUCAAGAGGAGGCAGAGACAUUUUCAAACAAGAUCCGUAAGAUGGAGGAGGAGCACCUCUAUGCCUUGAGGUGGAAAGAACUGGAAAUGCACAGCCUGGCUUUGCAAAACACCCUCCAUGAGCGAACCUGGAGUGAUGAGAAGAAUCUGAUGCAGCAGGAACUUCGGUCCUUGAAGCAGAACAUCUUCCUCUUCUACGUCAAACUCAGGUGGCUGCUGAAACAUUGGCGGCAAGGGAAACAGAUGGAGGAAGAAGGAGAGGAUUUCACUGAGAGCGAGCGUCCAGAGAUCCCUCCUGGGCUUGGGGAGCUUGGAGUCCAGGGGGGUUACCAGGUGGACCGACCAGACCAAGAUGACAGCGACCGAGGCUGCAGCUUUCCAAAGGGGGAGCAUUCCUCACACUCGGUGCAGAUCGGUGACCAUGGAUUGCGGCUCCAAACUGCAGACCGGGGACAGCACAGGCAGGUGGUGGAAAACCAGCAGCUGUUUGGUGCCCUCAAGGCCUUGCUGGAGGACUUCCGCUCCGAGCUGCGGGAGGAUGAGCAUGCCCGGCUGCGGCUGCAACAGCAAUAUGCCAGUGACAAGGCUGCCUGGGACGUGGAGUGGGCCAUGCUCAAGUGCCGCCUGGAACAGCUGGAAGAGAAGACUGAGAAAAACUUAGGCGAACUGGGCUCCUGUGCUGAGAGCAAAGGGGCCUUGAAGAAGGAGAGAGAGGUGCAGCAGAAGCUCCUAGCUGACAGUCACGGCCUGGUCAUGGACCUGCGCUGGCAGAUCCAUCACAGCGAGAAGAACUGGAACCGGGAGAAGGUGGAGCUUCUCGACCGCUUGGACAGAGACCGCCAGGAGUGGGAGCAGCAGAAGAAGGAACUCUUGUGGAGGAUAGAGCAGUUGCAGAAAGAAAACAGUCCCCGGAGAGGUGGCAGUUUCCACUGUGACCAAAAAGAAGGCAAUAUCCGCCCCUUCCCCACCCAGGGAAGCCUCCGCUUGCCCCGCCCAAUGGCAAUAUGGCCCUGUGCAGAAGCCGACUCCAUGCCAUUCGAAGACAGGCCACUGUCCAAGCUGAAGGAGUCGGACAGGUGUUCAGCCAGCGAGAAUCUCUACUUGGAUGCCUUGUCCCUGGAUGACGAGCCAGAGGAGCUGCCGCCCCGCAGGCCCGAGCGGGAAUUCAGGAACUGCCUCCCUGAGGAAGAAGAAAGUCACAAGGGAAACCUUCAAAGGGCGGUGUCUGUGUCCUCUAUGUCCGAGUUCCAGCGCCUGAUGGAUGUCUCCCCCUUCCUGCCUGAGAAGGGCCUGCCACCUGCCAGCAGCAAGGAGGAUGUCACGCCGCCCCUCUCUCCAGAUGACCUGAAGUACAUCGAAGAGUUCAACAGCAAGAGCUGGGACUACACGCCCCCCAGGGUUCCUGGUGGGGCUGGGACCGACAGGCCCUCAGACCUCUGGGCAGACAGGACCGAGGUGGGACGGGCAGGGCACGAGGCUACUACAGAGCCUUUCCCCGACUCCUCCUGGUACCUGACCACGAGUGUUACCAUGACCACAGACACCGUGGCCAGCCCCGAGCACUGCCAGAAGCAGCCACUGAGGAGCCAUGUGCUCACGGAGCAGCCUGGGGUGCGUGUGCUGCACAGCCCACCCGCCGUCCGCAGGGUCGACAGCAUUGCAUCGGCAGGUGGUGAGGGCACCUUUCCCACAGGCAGGGCUAGAGGGAGCCUGGGAGAUGCCAAGGGGGGCCCUCCGGAGCCCAUGCUUGGCAGGUGGCCCUGUGCCCCCUCCCGACAUCCCCGAGACUAUGUGGAAGGAGGACUCCGCCCCCUCGAUAGCCCCCUCUGCACCUCCUUAGGUUUCCCCUCUCCUCUGCACAACCUGGAAAUGUCCAAGAACAUGAGUGAUGACAUGAAGGAGGUGGCAUUCUCUGUCAGGAAUGCCAUCUGCGUUGGCCCCACCCAGCCGCAAGUCAAGGACACCGCCUGCCAGACCAACGGGUCCCGGACAAUGGGCACACAGACUGUCCAGACCAUCAGUGUGGGCCUGCAGACUGAGGGCCUGCGUGGUGGUAUCACUAGCAGCCCCCAUAGGUGUCUCACACCAAAGGCGGGGGGCGGCGCCACGCCCGUGUCCUCUCCCUCUCGCAGCCUCAGGAGCAGGCAGGAGGCCCCCGCCAUUGAGAAGGUACAGGCCAAGUUUGAACGCACAUGCUGCUCCCCCAAGUACGGUUCUCCCAAGCUGCAGAGGAAGCCCCUCCCCAAAGCUGACCAGCCAAAUAACAGGACCUCACCAGGGAUGGCCCAGAAAGGGUACAGCGAGUCAGCCUGGGCCCGCUCCACCACCACGAGGGAGAGCCCGGUGCAUACCACCAUCAAUGAUGGCCUCUCCAGCCUCUUCAACAUCAUCGACCACAGUCCCGUGGUACAGGACCCCUUCCAGAAGGGAGUUCGGGCUGGGAGCCGGUCUCGCUCAGCAGAACCCCGACCAGAUCUGGGCCCAGGCCAAGAAACAGGCACCAGUUCCCGAGGAAGGUCGCCUAGCCCCAUCGGGGUGGGCUCAGAGACCUGUAGGGAAGACGGGGGGGAGGGCACGCCAGUGAGGCAGGACUUAUCUGCUCCCCCUGGCUACACACUCGCCGAGAACGUGGCCCGGAUCCUCAACAAGAAGCUGUUGGAGCAUGCCUUAAAGGAGGAGCGCAGGCAGGCCGCCCACGGCCCCCCAAAUCUUAACAGUGACAGCCACUCGGGAGAAACGGUCACAGCCGAACCAGGGUCCAUCGAGGAACUACCUUGUUCUGCACUAGCUCCGCCCCUAGAGCCCUGCUUCUCCAGGCCCGAGAGACCAGCAAACCGUCGCCCUCCGUCCCGUUGGGCCCCACAUUCCCCCACUGCCUCACAGUCAGCCGGAGACCUGGCCAGCUUGGAGGAGCAUGGUGACGAGGAGCCACCAGAGGAGAAGCCACACCCGUGAUGCAAGCUUGCAUGGAUUAUCACAGAAUAAUUCACUGUAACCUGCAUAGCCGCACCAUCGUCAUGAACCAAACUCUGCCCAAACAGAGAGAUCUAGUUUUCUCAAGGUCAAAGAAUGUUUUUAAAAAACACACAGAGCUGCUGAAUGUUCAACCUGUGAAACCGAGAUGUUUCUAGAAUGAAACAGUAAAUGUGCCUGUAAUAACUUAAUUUUUUUCAUAGCUCAGAAAACUAUUUUUGUCUCCAUCUUUUUUACACACAGUAUAUUAAACAAAAAAAGGUAAAUAAGAUAUAAAUAGAUUUAAAAAAAAUAAAAGUUUUAAAGAUGUACAUUUUAAGAGAUUCUAAACCCCCUCGCUCUCAAUACUGACUGCCUCUCUGUUAAAUUUGCACUGUCGCAUUUGGUUUGGUUUAUUUCCAUGUUGAAUUCGAGUGUUCUAAGUUCAUUUCAUUUGGUCAGUGUUACUAUUUUUCGAGAAUUUUAAAAAAUGCUUUAUGUCUGAUUUGGUGAACUUUUUGUAGCGUACAAGCCAUGAAGCCAGUAGAUAAAACAGAUGUUCUAUAAACUGGAGGGGAGACAGGUCACAGAGUCCUUUGACGGGCUUAGAAAACUUGCUGUAUAAUCCACAUAUUAUUCUCCUCGACUUGCACGUCUUCGGGUGCAUGUACAUACUGCCCACGUCCUUGCCGUCACCCAACUGUGAGUCAGUCUGUCCCACUGUAACGCGUCGUGAACUUCCUUGUACUGUACUUUUACUGUUGUCCUCCUGCAUUGACGAUACAACGGCAACGUUUUUAAAUUAUUGUGAAAAGUUUAACUGGCAAUGUACAGAGUUUACUCCAGAUUUUCUUGCUUAAGGAAAAGUGCUACACAAAGUCACGAGGAAACCAAAUGGAAUCACAUGACGGUGCCUCAGUCUGUAUGAGACCACGAUGAAGUAGAAAUAAAGCCUGUUGCCAUG